AUGAAGAUCACUUUCAUUCUCGUGCUUCUAUUGGUCGUCUUGAAUUCCGCCCAAGAUGUUCCUAAGGCGUCGCCCUCCGAUUCUGCCCAAGGUGUUCCCAAGGCAUUGACCUCUGAUUCCUCCCAAGGUGUUUCCAAGGCACCACCCUCCGAUUUCACCCAGGGUGUUCCCAACACGCCGUCCUCCGAUUCCGCCCAGGGUGAUCCCUUGGCGCCACCCUACGAUUUCUCCCAGGGUGGUCCCAAGCCGCUAAAGGAUGUCCCCAAGGCGCCACCCUCUAAUUCCGCCCAGGGUGUUCCCACGGCACCGACCUCUGAUUCCUCCCAAUGUGUUCCCAAGACGCCACCCUCCGAUUUCGCCCAGGGUGUUCCCAAGACGCAACCCUUCGAUUCCACCCAAAGUGAUCCCAAGGCACCGUCGUGUCACCCUCCAAUUCCGCCUAGGGUGUUCCCAAGUCACCGACCUCUGAUUCCUCCCAACUCCCAAGGUGUUUCCAAGGUGCCGCCCUCCGAUUUUGCCCAGGGUGCUCCGAAGACGCGGACCUCUGAUUUCGCCCAAGGUGAUCCCAAGGCGUCGCCCUACGAUUCAGCCCAGGGUGGUCCCAAGCCGCAAAAGUUGGUCGUCUCGAAUUCCUCUCAGGAUGUUCCCAAGGUGCCGCCCUCUAAUUCCGCUCAAGGUGUUCCCAAGACACCGACCUCUGAUUCCUCCCAAGGUGUUCCCAAGGCGCUACCCUCCAUUUCUGCCCAGGCUGUUCCCAUGAUGUGGACCACUGAUUCCGCCCAAGGUGAUCCCAAGGCGCUGCCUUCCGAUUCUACCAGCGUGGUCCUAAGGCGUCGAAGGCCAAGCGUGUUUAGGGAUGGUUCGGGUGAUCCCAAGGUACCGCUCUCUGAUUCCACCCAGGGUGGUCCCAAGCCAGCGAAGGUUGAACUAUGUUUAGGGCUGCUUCGUAUGAAAAAUAUAGUAGAUAAAAGGGAUGCAGUCUCUGAUCUCUCGUUACUGAGGAGGAGGAGGAGGAGGAGGAGGAGGAGGAGGUGGAGGUGGAAUCGGAAUUGUUGGAAUCAGAAUGAUAGAGGGCGGCUUUGGAUUCGGCUUCACACCACCCUAGCUAGGCGGAUUGUGAUCAGCUUGGCCAGAAUCAGAGGGCAGCUUCAGCUUCGCACCACCCUAGGUGGGCGGAUUGAGAUCGCCAUAGCCGGAAUCAGAGGGCGGCUUCAGCUUCGCACCACCCUGGGUGGGCAGAUUGAGAUUACCAUGGCUGAAAUCAAAGACUGA